CGUUUAGCCAAUCAAAUGCGGCGUAGGUCAUGUGACUGGGUUGGGAAUUAUUGUGGAAUUGUCUGCGCGUCGGUCAACGAUCAUUUUCAACGCACACCCUCAAGUCGUCGUUUGUAUUCGUAUCGCAGAGAGCUUUUGUCGUUUCCUCAACAAACAAAUAAGAUGAAGACCUCCCUUGUAAUCUUGUGUGUUGUCCUAUGUAUGGUUGUAUAUGUUAACUGCCAAAAUGGUACUACUACUGUUACUGGAGCUGCUCCAGCAAUGAGUCCUAUGGCGUCCUCAUCUGUAGCUCCUACAAACAAAACAACAAAAAAAACAACAAAAUCUGGUGCUGAUAGUGUGAAAUCGAUGUUUGCUGUAGUUGUACCUUUUAUAUAUUUUCUUGUCUGCUGAACUUGUAAUUCUCUAGCGAGAGUUUGAACCACAAUAGCUUGUAUGAUACAAACUUGAGUUUUUAAUAUUGUGCUUGAUAUUAUAUAUACAUAAAUAUAUAUAAAUAUGUGUUCAUAUUAUUGUCAUUUGUGAUAGCAGAAUUAUUACAUAAUCUUUAGUCAUUGGAGAAAAUUACAAGAAAAUACUAAG